AUGUUUUUGGAAGACGGCGAUCUUGACGCUACGACAGAUGAGGAUCAGCUUUUCAGUUCAGGUCUCAAGCCACUAGGAACGCUGCCUAAUUCUUGGUGUGGAAUCUCCAACGAGGUCAUCGAAGUCUUCGGUCAAGUCCUGGCCCUCUGUUGCAGCGCGUGCGAACACAACCAGGACAAGACAUUGCUCACCCUUGACACGACAAGCAAGGCCCUCUGUGAUAUCGCAGUCGCGCGUGAGCUGGAAAAGGAGCUUUUGAGUAUGGAUUUCGAUAUCAUUCCGAUGUUGAGAACCUCGCUGGAGCCGAGAAGUGCGAUCCAUGCCCGGCGCUCCUAUGCUAUAGCCCUUUCGAAUAGCAACAAGCCGUCAAGAGUCCCGAUCUUGGUCGAUGGCAAGACUUUCGAGUUUUCUUCCAUCUUAUCGCGCGACUUCUGCCAAUGCCCGUCGUGCGUUCACGAAUCUACCAACCAGCGACUCUUCUCCGCCGCAGAUAUCCCUGCCAGUAUCCAGGCCCGUUCCGUCCAGGUCGAUGCUGCAUCAGACUCUGUGAACAUUAAGUGGAAGAAUGAUACCCCAGGGUCUAGUGAAGACCACACUACGAAGGUGAACGUGGCAGCUCUGCGAGAACUCAAUCAGUCGGGCUCUCUUCCGGUGUUUGGCACAGACAGUCACGAGGCACAGAUUUUGUGGACUAAGGAGCCUCUUGACAACUUGAAAGACUUCGACUACAACGAGUAUAUGCAAGAUGAUAAACAAGUAUAUGAGCUUAUUCGUCAACUGAGAACUGACGGGUUGGCCUUCGUCACAAACGUCCCCGGCGAGGUGGAGUCGCUGGCCACAAUCCCUACUCGCAUCGGUCCCAUUAAGGAUACCUUCUACGGCCAUACAUGGGAUGUGAGUACCGUUCCAAAAGCCAACAAUGCCGCGUACACGUCCGCCGAUCUGGGUUUCCAUACCGACUUGCUAUACUUCCAAAACUCCCCACAUGUUCAGCUCCUCCACUGUAUCCAGUCUGCAUCCAAGGGAGGGGCCAGCGUCUUCGCCGACGCCUACAAGUCUGCAGUCGACUUAUUCCACUCAGAUCCAGAGGCGUUCGAGAUCCUGGCAACACUCCCUGUCAAUUAUCACUACAACCAUCCACAUGACAACGUGUACCGCACGACGAAGCCAGUCAUUGAGUUUCGACCGCUCCGUAUCGGUAAUAAGGUCUACACCCGUGUUCAUGAUUACGUGAAGGACUGGAAUGAGCUCAGCCUCAAGAAUGGCGGCUCUGGAUGGAGCGACGACGUCCUCGUGGAUCACAUGCUGAAGAUCAACUGGGGCCCUCCGUUCCCCGCGCCCUUCUCGAAUCAUCAGGACCACAUGCUCCAAGAUGGAAUCCCCCAGCCUCCCCUUUCGGCACUUAACGCCAAAGUGGACGCAUGGCACGAAGCUGCCUCCAAGUUUAACGUAAUGCUGCAGCGCCCGGAGUAUCUAUUCGAGCGCAAGAUGAACCCGGGAGACUGUGUCUUGUUUGACAACACGAGGACUCUACACUCGAGAAGAGCUUUUGACCUGGCUGACGUCGGAAAACCGCGAUGGUUGAGGGGGACUUAUGUUGACAAGGAUCCAUACUUUAGCAGGCUGCGCGAAACGAUCGCCCAUGACGUCCUCAUCAUUGGAGCCGGUCUGGCCGGUAGCAACAUGGCAUAUCGCCUGCAAACCAGAAUGCCGCACCUGAGUCUCGCGAUACUAGAGGCGCGCAGCGACAUCGGUGGGACCUGGGACCUGUUCCGAUAUCCGGGCGUCCGCUCCGACUCUGACAUGUAUACGUUUGGAUUUUCCUGGCAUCCCUGGCGAAACAAGACAUUCGGCGACGGCCACAAGAUCAAGUCGUAUCUGCACGAGUGCGUGUGGACAUGGACGGUCCAGGUUGACCACGACGGACAUCCCAAGACCUAUGUCGCCAAGUGGCUUGUGCUGAGCCCUGGCCUCUUUGACUGCCAGAAGCCUUUCCAAACCGUCAUUCCGGGCAUCGACAACUUCCAGGGAAAGGUGAUCCACCCACAGUUCUGGCCGGCAGACUACGACUACACAGGCAAGAAGAUGGUCAUCAUAGGAAGCGGCGCAACCGCGAUCACGAUGCUCCCGGCCUUGGUGGACAACGGCAUAGAGCACGUCACCAUGCUUCAACGCUCACCGUCCUAUGUCGUCUCAACACCCAACCCAGACACCCAGGCGGGCCUAGUUGCACGGCUCCUCCCGAGGUAUGCGGUCAAGUGA